AUGAUACGGGCUAUCAGCUCUGGGCGGGUUUCUGUGUACAGCAUACCAACUCCAUACCACUCUGAGCAGACUGCUGGGCAGUUUGCAGAAUCCUAUGAGUAUUCCACCUUGGGAAAGUACUACUUGAAAUCUGUAGUGGCUACAUUCAGUGAAGGAGAGUAUGGACUUCGAGCUUACUACUGGAAUACAUUCUGGGCACCACAAGAUAUUGUUGAUUCUCUUAAAAAGUUAAUCCCAUUGGAACAAAAAGAAAUCAGUAGUAAACAUAUCCCUCACAUGUUCAGUACUUCUGGGGAGAAAGAUUUUGAUCUUGUUACAAUGGAGCUUUUUGAUGGACGAAGAAAUGUCAAAGGAAGCAGUAGAUUUCCACCAGAGAUAAUAGCAGUUGCAGCCAGGUCCCCUUCUCCUUGUUGCGUGUGUGAUGAACCAGUGGUGGUUGUGAAGCAUUGUGCUUCCUUGCUGGGAGCAGGGAAGCAGCCUGGAAGGGAAAGGGGUAGAUUUGUGGAAAUAAGUGACGAAGAGAUUAGAAUAGUCAAGAAGUGCAGAUUCUUUUGUGUAGCGGUAUCCUUUGACCUGUAUGCCAAGCCAGGUAACAACCGAACUCUAACUCUGAUGAAUCCCAAGAAGUCUUUUUAUCAAUGGAGGUUGCGUGUUCCUUCUAACUAUGUGGUGAGACUGGUAGUUACCACUUUGCAUGGUGUCGCUCCAGAGAACUGUGCAUCACACCACUUAUCUGCAUAUGAUUUCCUUCUUCCUCUGCAGAACAAGAUCAUUGCAAGGUGGUGUGGAUCUGGGGCCUGGUCACCUCCUGUUAUUCGUUUAACUUCAUCAAAAAAUGUAAUGUUGCUUACCUUCUCACUGGACAAAAGAAAAGAAAGGAACAUACUAAAAGCUCACUUUCAGGCAAUCCCUAAAGUCAUGUGUGGUGGUCAUUACAUAUCCUGGAAUGGAACUUUGAGCUCUCCUUAUUACCCGAGUUACUACCCUCCAAAUAUUGACUGCAGCUGGAUCAUCCGAGCACCAUUGCCAGCCUACAAGCUCUCCUUAAAAAUCCUUGUAAUACAAAUUCAAGAGAAGUCGCCAGGGUCCAGCAAAUGUGACAAAGAUUGGUUAGAAAUUGAAGGAGUUAGAUACUGUAAAGAUAAUUCAGAAGACAUCAGAAACAAAGAAUAUGGCUAUUCUGUUGCAAUCAACUUCCAUUCUGAUGAGCUGGUCACCCAUAAAGGGUUUUAUAUUGAAUACAAAGCCUUCAGUCACACAGACCGUUGUGAGCCAGAACAGUUGAACUGUGGUGAUGAGAACUGUAAGCAUCAGUAUAAGAUCUGUGAAGGUGAUGAUAGCUGUGGGGAAGACAGCGAUGAGAACUGCUCCUACAAAAGUUGCUUCCCUUAUACAUACAAAUGCCUUAAUGGUAAAUGCUUGUUGAAACCAAAUCCUGAGUGUGAUGGGAAAAGAGACUGUGCAGAUGGAUCUGAUGAAAUGAACUGUGGUGUGGUAACAUUUUUAGCUUGUGGAAGACACCUGCUUAAGAAAAAUAGGAUUGUUGGAGGUGAAGAUGCAAAACCUGGAAAGUGGCCCUGGCAAGCAAGUUUGCAAAUGGGAGCACAUGGCCAUGUUUGUGGUGCAUCUGUUAUUUCCAAGAGGUGGCUUGUGUCUGCUGCCCAUUGCUUCUUGGAUUCUGAUUCUGUAAGAUACUCGGCUCCUUCAGGGUGGAGAGCAUAUAUGGGCUUACACACUAUUAAUGAAAAAAGCAAUCAUGUAGCUACGAGAUCAAUCAAAAGGAUUAUUGUUCACCCACAGUAUGACCAAUCUAUCUCAGACUAUGAUAUAGCCCUGUUGGAGAUGGAGAUGCCUGUAUUCUUCAGCGAGCUGGUACAGCCCAUUUGUUUACCAAGCACCUCUAGAGUAUUUCUUUAUGGAACUGUCUGCUAUAUAACUGGCUGGGGAGCCAUAAAAGAAAAUAGUCAUCUUGCCAGAACACUGCAGGAAGCUAGAGUGAGAAUAAUUAAUCAAAGCAUUUGCAACAAAUUGUAUGAUGAUCUCAUUACGUCACGUAUGCUGUGUGCUGGGAAUCUUAAUGGUGGCAUUGAUGCAUGCCAGGGAGACUCUGGAGGUCCCUUGGCCUGCACAGGAAAGGGAAAUAGAUGGUACCUUGCUGGCAUUGUGAGCUGGGGUGAAGGAUGUGCUCGGCGCAAUCGUCCUGGUGUAUACACUAAGGUGACAGCACUUUAUGACUGGAUUCGUCAGAAUACAAACUGAUGUGCCAAGGAGAAAAUGCAGAUGAUCUCCAUUAUGAAAGCUGAUUCCUACAGUAGUCUGUCAUGGACAUGAAAAUGCUGUUGGCUGUUUCAUUGUGAAAGAAUGCACUUUCUUAACACAGAAACUAUCAUUUGUUAUUCAUCUAGCAGGAAUUGUUUGGAUUCAGAGCAACUUCACAUUCCUUAUGGAUUCAUCUUCCUUAUCCCCAGCAGAACAGCCUUAAAAAAAAAAAUAAUAAUAAUAAAAUAAAAAUAAAAAAUGGGGGAGGGGGUAGAAACUGGAGGAGAAAAAAAAUUUCGCCCCUCCUUCCAUCUCUGAGAUGCACAUGUAUCUCUCCUGCUAUCUGUAUAGCAUAGACCUAUGUGGAUAUAUUUGGGAUGUGGCCAUGAAUACUCACAUUCGCUUAGUGAUGUUACAGGAUUCUAAACAUGAAUAAUUAUUUCAUGUUUCUUCAAAAUACAAUUAGCAUAGUAAGAAUAGUAGACAAAUCUGAGAUCAAUUCAUUCUGUAGUUAUGCUGCAUUACUGUUGUUGUAACAGUAACAGGGCUGUAACUUUUUGUCUGUCUCCUGUGCCACUCAAACCACCAAAAGUUUAGCUCACAAACAUUAAGAUUAAAAAAAAAAAAGCAGUAAGAGCAUAAUUUAUUUUAUUGGCAUAACAUUUAAAGAAGAGGAAAAGAAUACUGAAUUCUAAUGAAACAACAGGAAACUGCAUGUCAAAAUGCAUUGAGAAUUAUGUUUCAAUUAAGUUCCCAAGAAAAAAUUCUACAAGACCUCACAAACUACCAGUUCCUUAGCAAAAUGUCAGGAAUUUAGAAUACUGUCUGUUCUUAUCACUUUUACAGGCUUUAUUUGUAUUUGUGCAUGUAGCUGAUCAAGAUAAUAUUGUAUGUUUGAGUUAAUCGCCUUCUUUGAUAUUAGAUUGUGGUGAAAGCACCAAAACCAGAAUGAUUUCCUUUAUAAAAGGAGGUGGGAAUCCGAUCUCAACAGGACUCAGAUCUGUACCCUAGAACGUGAGUGUGUAUGUAUCCAGACUUCAAGAUGACUUUUUUUUUCUUCUCCCCCUCCAAACAGCUGAAGACUCAGCCAUCUCUCAUGUUGUAAGUGGCGCGUAGCAAUUGUAGUGGCAUUGUGUUAUGGUAUAUUGGUCUUCAAACCAGCAUGAGCACAGUGCCUUGGUGAUAGAAAGCCAAUGUCAGUGGCUUCACUGAGAUUCUGGUACCAGAAACUGCACAUACACCUGGCUAAAAUAAGGGGGUACCUUGCUGCUGCUGUCUGAGGAGAGAAGGUACCACAUAUGCAGGAUUGGGUGAAACACAGCACAGUGGCAUUUCUCCUGGGGCACCUGCAAGCAGUCUGCAUUAAGAUUAUUGCUCUGUCAGGAAGGCCUUCAUGUUGAAACCAAUCUUUUUGUAAACACAAGCAAAAUUUUGCAGCUCUGAGACUUUCCUGAUGUACCUGGACAUCUCGCCCAGCAUUUAGCACUUUCUUAAAGUCUCUUUACACUUAGUUUUAUAUAGCUGUAGGGCCUAAUGUUUUCCAUGUGUUACAAGGGAAUUCCUCAUGUCUGGUUGUAGAGUGCUCUCUGAACUUUGGCAUGCUUCUUGUGGGUUCACACUGCUUUCCUUGAUGUCCUUGGUCUGCAGUGAUCAGAGUUUCGAGGUCAGGUUCUCUGUUUUGUCUCUCUUUCUGGCCAGAAGAAAGGGUUGUGCCCGUAUGGGCACACUGCACUGAAAGAGACUUAAAAGGAAAAUGGUCUUAGGUGGUUGGAUGCAUCUUUGGUCUCAAAGAAAGCAGAGGAGGAAAUUACAGCUACGCUCCUGUCGUAAGGUCAAUCCUUUAUCCCUAGAAGUAAACCUAGCUUGGAAAAUUAUAGUCUGUUGAUGAGCCCAAGUAUAGCUGAUUUAAAGUUUCCAAAGCUGUUUAUGAGACUUAGGAAUUCUGUUAUUCAGUUGAAUAAAAGGUCUGCCUGUACUUUCUAGAUCGUCUUAAAAUUGUGCUGACUACUUGAAAGUAUUUAGCUUUCAUCUUUAAGGUAAAAAAAAGAAAAAGAUGAAGCAGGCAGCUUGAGUACCAGUCCUUGCUGUUCACAGCAUGCUUUUUUCUACUGCACAUAAGUAUUUGAUUCUUGUUUAGCUUUAGAACUUUGGGGAAAACAUAGCAAUGAGUUAGUACUGUAAUUUUUAAAUAGUAGGUUUCUGGUGUCUGACAGGCUUCCAUCUCCUUUCUUGCGCUAGUGUUGGGCAUUCCCCCCUGCUACCUGCCUGGCAAUGUUUCCUACCUAAACUAUGCUCAAAUGGUAUUCUGUAGGAGUUUUAGUAUCUUUAAAGACUACUCAGCCAUUCACUUCUUCCUUUCAAAUAAACACAUGAUAAAAAUGUAAGUGGCUAUGUUUCAUUUCAUUUUCAGUGCCUCUGAAACUUCAAGCCCGUGAUGUGAUCAGAACUGCAACUGUACCUUGGAGUUCACACUUCUUAUAAAACUGAGCCAGACCUGCCUGUUGUACUAAAGCACAUGUUUAAGUUCAUGUUUCUUUUCCUGAUAUUGAAACCAAAGAUGUCUUCACAACAGAAGAAAGCAGUUUUCCUGCUGUUCAGUUUUAGAUAAGAGCCUAGGCCACAAAGUUCAGAUCAGUUCUCAAUUUCUCUUUUUAAGAGUUCUGCAGCUCCAUGAAUCAGAAGGGUCAGUUGCUUCACAGGCAAGAAAAGCACCAAGUAUGGAAAUUAGAUCACCCAGACGACAGAAAUUCAAGAGUGUGUACAGAGAUCAUUAAGAAAGGUGAACAAGUGGACUUUGGCUUUUAUGGAGUAAGAUCCAUAAUCAUUAACUUGUUUGACUUAUACAUAUAAAAGAAAGUUUUGGUUUCAGACAAUAUAUUAGGAAGGUAGGAAGGUAAGGUCUUUUAUAUGAGUGGAAAUUAAAUAACUUAAUCUCCAGCAGGACUAGUGAGAACAAGCAGGUCAAGACUUUUCUAGUUGAGAAGUCCCACGAAAAUCCUUGUGGAUCCAGACACCGGUUUUGAUCUUGAUGACUGCUCAGCUUCAUCCUCAGUCCUCCAGUCUUUUAAGGAUUCACCAAAAGGUGGGGCAUGGAAUUUGUUUCUUUAUUUGCUGAAUGAAAACAAGCUCUGCACUCGGCCUGAUGGAUUGCGUUUGCUUGGAUGACUACCACAGAACAUCAACAAUCGACCCCCUUGGGAAUGCUCUAGGCAUCCGUAACCAGAAGAAUUGCACAAUGAGGAAAUCUGGGGGAAGGCAUUCGUAGCAUUUGGCAGGGAAAAGAAGGAGCAGUGCUGUGAGUGGGUGUUCAUACAGCAGAGGAGAGAGUUGGAAAAGGGGCUUUGUUCCCUUCUUAAUGCUUCUUUUUCCCUGUCCUCUCUUCUGAGGCAAGAGAAUGAGCAGGAGUGCAGUUACUGGCCCAACCCUUUUGAUCCAGAGGAGCAAAAGAAGUGCUAUGUGAGGAGGAAGGAGAAACCUAAGGAUGGAGUUAGAACAAGAGAAAUGAGAGAACUGCCGCUGGCUGUAACUGCAGCUGAAACCAGAAGGAAAUGAGUUGGCUCCGUGCUUGCUUCAUAGACAGAGGUUCUCGCACUGAGACAGAAGCUAUGAAAAGGCAAAGCUCUAAUCAGGAACAUGAAGUUAUUGAAUUACAAGAACUUAAUGGGGAAGAAAGCGAAGUUGAUCACAAGAAGCCUCUACAUUCUUCAGCAGCUGCGAUGAGCAAGGAGAGAGAUCAGUGGAAAUCAUGUAGAAAAGUCAUUUUUUGGAAGUGUGAACUAUGGAUGGUUUUAACUACAAUUUUUGUAGUAUUGUUCCUGGUCAUUCUCAUCAGCCUAGUUCUAUAUUCUAAUGUUUACACAGAUGAGGAUGACUAUUGGGAUGCUGAUGCACUACUACAGAGUGGAAAUUAUCACAAUUUUUCUGGAAAGUUCAAAUUAAUGUGUAGUCUUCCACACCUUUUUAUCGAUGACAUUACUAAGAAGUUAACGGAUGUCUACAGUUCAUCUCCUGCUCUAGGACGCUACUUUAGGUCAGCUCAAGUGGUUCAUUUCAGCAAUGAAAGCUCCACUGUAUUUUACCAGCUAGAGUUCUCUGUACCGCCAUCAGCGGAGGGGUUUAUGGAAAAUUUAAUGGACCCAGAUUUUAUAAGAAACAUUCUACGUCAGAAUAUUUAUGAUGAAGAAGAUACUUUUUAUCCUGGGACGUCUGAAUGUAACACGUUAAAGCUUGACCCAGAUUCUCUCACAUAAACAUAGAAAUAAUGGACUCCUCAUGUUUCUCACCUCCUAGAAGAGAUGGGCUUCUACUGUCUGUUAGUAAUCCCAGGUUAGGGAGCUAUUUGUUAGGUUGAAACACUUUUAAAGAUGGCUUUCUUCAAAUGAAAAUGUGGUGUAUUGCUAACAGUAUUGUACUCCUAGAACAUUGCUACCUCCUUCUUCAUUUCUGUCCUGACUUAUGAAUUACCCAUUUCAGUCUUGUGAAAAUCAUAUAUCUUGCCUGAUAAAGUGCUCUACUGACUUGGAAAACUCUAAUUUGUCUUAUGAUGAAAUCUAGAUUCCCUGCUUGAGCUUUAAAAACAGUCCGAUAGUGUCUCCUCUCUUUUGCUCUUGGCUUAUGCAAAAUUAUAUGUACAGCUUCAUCCUUAAUUUUCAUGUUCACCCAUGCUCAUGUCUUAUACUUUUUUUUCCCCACCAACUUCACCUGCCAUAUCCUCCCCAGUGUUCUUUUCUCUCAAAACAACCUGAUAAGUUAAAUAUCCUUUCUGUUUUAUUUAAUUAUAUGAAAAACCUUUGCACUUCCAUCUGAAGUAAGCUGGAACUCUCAUCAUCCCCUUGUUCAUCCUAUACUCUUCCUAGAGAAGUUGUCAUCAGCACUGUUUUUCCUCUUCUGUAAUGUGAAAUAAAAAUGAAGAAGGAAGAAGAAACAUCGUGAAGAAAUGUGACUUGUUCACUAAUGCAUCUGAACGCUGCAGGAAUCUUCCAAGGGUCAAAUUAGCUGUGUACUUCAUUAAUUAGUUACUGGUGCUUGUGAAAAGACAUGUAUUAGACCCACAUCUCUAAAUUCAAAGGAAAACGGGUCUACACCCUUCUGCCCUUGCCUGACAGUGGGGGGAAAAAAAGAAAUGCAGAAUUCUUGCCUUAAUAAGGCAGCAAACAGCUGUUGACAAUAAAUCAUAUGGGACAGACUGAUGCCAAGAAAAAGGUGCUGAAGCAGAUCAUGUGGGCCAAUGUAGCAUGAACGUUAUAGCCAGUAACUGGUUAUAAGAUCAAAACUAAAAAUUAAGCAUUAAUUUUUUGAGGAAUAUGAAAGCUUCACUACCAUGUUAGUGAAGUGUAGCUUCUCACUUAGAAACGUUUGUAGCCUGUAUAAAUGUUCAUAAUGUUGUAUAGGAAAAAAUAUUUUUAGAAACUUUUUGUACUGUGAGAACUAUGAUGAAUUGUUGUUUUUUUUUUCUAAUGUUUAUUUAAAGAAUCUGAUGACUAUAUUGUACAUUAAAUUAUUUAUUUUUAUUCUUA